AUGGCAUGGCGAGUGCUAUUGGCACUGCAUUCCUUUGGCAGCGCCACGCAGCAGGGGGUAGGGGUUUGGGAUGCUGAGAGCUGGCAAUCAGCGGGUAGCUCCUUUGGAAGCUACGGUGCCUACGACCCUGAAGACAGUGGGCAUGAGCACCGGUACUAUGUUCACAAAGGUGAGCGGAUCCAAUACCACCCGGACCAGGAAGAGCCCCUCGAAGCUCAGGGCUUCCAAGUGCCCUAUGAGAAGGCUUGCAUGGAUGCAUGUGACAACGACACCUGGCAGCAAGCAGAUUUCUGGGGCUUGGUGCGCAACAUGAUCCUCGUUGCGAAUGCGCAGCUUACCGGCCAAAGACCAGGAGCUGUCAGCGAUGGAAUGGUCCGCGCCUUGAGUAGCAGCGCGGGUGUUAGUUCGGCCGUCGCAACUCCGAAGUUUGUCUGGAUCACUUUCUGCUGUGCAUCUGCACGCUCUGCAGACGGAUGGAACUUGUGA